AUGGACAGUGUAAAAUCAGGAUUUCUUGUUAAACAAGGAGGAAGUUGGAAGUCAUGGAAAAAGAGGUGGUGUGUGUUAACGCCAACAGGAAUGAUAUUUUAUUUUAAAGAUAAAAAAGAUGUAAAUUCUAAAGGAUGUGUUGAUGUUAAUUCAGCGUCAGAUGUUUUAUUAGAAGAUGAAAAGAAAAAAAAUUGUUUUGGAAUUGUAACACCAAACAGAACAUUUUUUAUGGCUGCAGAAUCAAAAGCUGAAAGAGAUUCAUGGAUUCAAGCUGUUUCUCGAUUUGUUAGAAAUAAAAAUUUAUCAGCUAUGUCUGGAAAUUCAUUACAAUCUAGUCAAGAAGGAAUUCAAAGUAAUUCUAAUAAUAAUUUAACACAAAAUUUAGGAGAUGGAAAUACAAAUUCACAUUCAAGUGAACCACAUAAAGUAGGAGUAGAUGAUUUUGAAAUGUUAUCAUUAAUUGGAAAAGGAUCAUUUGGUAAAGUUAUGCAAGUUAAAGAAAAAGCAACAGGUCAAAUUUAUGCAAUGAAAAUAUUAAAUAAAACACAUAUUAUUGAUAAUAAUGAAAUUGAACAUACAAUGGCUGAAAAGAAUGUACUUUCUAAAUCAAAAAAUCCAUUUUUAAUGCAAAUGCAUUAUUCAUUCCAAACACCUGAUAAACUUUAUUUUAUUUUAGAUUAUGUUAAUGGAGGUGAAUUAUUUGCUCAUUUACAAAGAGAACAUAGAUUUUCUAUUGAAAGAACUAGAUUUUAUGCUGCAGAAUUAUUAAUUGGACUUAAAUAUUUACAUGAUGCUGGAAUUGUCUAUAGAGAUUUAAAACCAGAAAAUAUUUUAUUAACUGAUGAAGGACAUGUUUGUAUUACUGAUUUCGGAUUAUGUAAAGAAGGAUUAACUGAAAAAGAUCAAACAAAUACAUUUUGUGGAACUCCAGAAUAUCUUGCACCAGAAAUUUUAUUAGGCAAUGGAUAUGGUUUUGCUGUUGAUUGGUGGAGUUAUGGUACUUUAAUAUAUGAAAUGUUAUUAGGAUUACCACCUUUCUUUGAUAAUGACGUUCAAACUAUGUAUCAAAAAAUUGUUAGUGAUGAUGUUAGAUUCCCAAAAAAUACACCACCAGCUAUUAGAGAGUUUAUAUCAGCUUUGUUACAAAAAGAUCCUGAAGACAGACUUACUAAUCCUGACAUUAUGAUGAAACAUCCAUUCUUUAAAAAUAUGGAUUUUGAAAUGGUAAAAGCUAAAAAAAUUAAACCACCUUUUAUUCCUAAUGUUACAAGUAAAGAAGAUCUUGCUAUGAUUUCUGAAGAAUUUUUAGAAGAAACUCAAGAAGCAAUUGAUGAAGAGAAACAAUAUGUUCCAAGAAAUGGGGGAGUUGAUUUCUCUGGAUUUACAUAUGUGGGUAAAUAA